AUGGACAACUCGUCGGCUCCGCUCGCCGACUACUUCUGGAUCGCGGGCAUAGAGACGAUCGCGUACCAGGAUUUUCCAGUCCAAUCCGCCCCGACACAGGUCGACUCGGUCAUCGACGAAGACGCCGAACCCGAAGACUCGUACAACAAGAAAAGGAACAGCAACCGAGAGUCGGUCGCAAGCCCGCCGCCAAAGGCGGUUGCUCGUCACUCGCGCCAAGGCUCCGGUGGCCCCCGGGUUCCGAAAACGUCCAUGAGCACUCUGGACGAGGUGGAUGGCAAUACCAGGAGCAACAGAAGCAGCGCUACCAUCCGACCGAGUCCGCCUCCUACUGGAAGUGGAAAUGGCGUUCCUGAGGGCAUUUUAGGGGGCUUCCAGGGCGAUUUCGAUUUCGACAAGGCACUCGUCAAAUUUGCCGCAGAAAGGGAAAACUUCCUCGAAGAUUUGAGCUUCACCGCAGGAGCCAAGACGCAGUCACGGCCUCCCAUGGUGAAUCCAAGAGCCGAGAGAAUCAAGGCAGAGGCUUCGCCCACUGGAAGAAUGAGUCCGCUGAAGAGCAUCCGGGGCAGCAUCCGAGGUAGUAUACGGCGAAAGAUAAGCUUCAAGGACAUGAACAGCGUACGGAGACAGCCAACAAUAGCUCCCAAAGCCGCUUCGAUAAGGACCGCAAAACGACUUAGCAAUUAUAACUCAGUAAUCCCACCACCCGAGCCUCUUAAUCUCGAUCCGGACAUGCAUCCCUUAAAACGACGUUUCGAGCCAGAGUUACUAGACAGAUAUCCCCCACGAGAUGCCACCGAGGACCUUGCUAGGCGAGGGAAGUUCCCGGACUACGUGCCCAUGUUCGCAUUCCCCAAUGACAUCCAGAUUGUGUCUUCAGACGACAGGCCAAGGUCUACAUGGCAUGGUUUCACAAUGACAUCGGACGACAACUCUAAGAUUUACGGUAUCACCGUCAUCGUAUGGACUGCUAUCACUGCAGAUUUAGCCGAGGACAUUGAAAGGAGAUGUGAAGAGUGGAGACAGGGCCACAUGACCGAGGAGGAACGAGAGCUGGCGGCUAGCUUGGGGGUCAGGCUCGCAGCUGAGAGGGCACAUCUUUCACAGUUGCUUGCUAAGCUUCCCACGAUUCCGUCUGGCUCCGCAGCUCGAGAGACACUGGAUGAACAAAUCAGCGCUGUGGAGGAGAAGAUCAGCCUCAUGACCGAGAUGCUUCGCCCCCUGAGACAUGGUGCCGCAUCUAAGAUCGACGGCCUCACUGCAGGGGAGAGUGGACUCUGGACACCACGAGCAUACGGCAUUCUGGGGCGAGAUUCAUCGAGAAUAACUUUCUGGAAGGACUGGCUCCGGGCGGUAGUCGUGCCCAUGACGGACGGUGCCAUACUGCGUGUGCCCCCAAGCUCCCCCCGUGUUGGGCGAUGGCAACCAUUGGAGCGUUACGUUGUCAACCUGUGUACUGAGGCCUUCAGCCCACUGGGCUCCAAGACGCAGGUUGAAAUCGGCGUGCGCGAAUUGCGACUGUAUGCACGGAAGGAAGCCCUCAAUGAGCUUCCGGGAUCUCGAAACACGGAUCUAUACGCCCUCUUCAGGUCACUCUCGCUAGAGAACAUCGUUGCACUGUUCGAGUACGCCAUGUCGGAAUCCCGAAUCAUCCUCCUCUCCUCUCACACUGCCAUGCUACAUCUCGCUUCUCACGCUCUCGCCAGUUUGUUAUACCCAUUGAAAUGGGCAAGCAUUUUCAUUCCUAUCCUCCCUGCCAGAUUGCUCUCGGCUCUGGACGCACCCUGCCCGUAUAUCGUCGGCAUCGAGCGGAGGUAUGACAACAUAGAAUUACCCGAAGACGACUACGUCCUUGUCGACCUUGAUAAGGACACCAUUGAUGCAACAGCUCAGCCUGUUCGCCUUCCCAAGCAGCAUCGACGCAAGCUCAUGUCACUCUUGCAGAUUAGUGCCCCUCACAGCCUUCGCUACGGUGUUCCCACCGGCCCACCACCUUAUGCAAUGGAGGCGUUUCCGUAUGAAGCGUUCUCCGCGGAGAACGACACCAUCUUCAAUGAGAGGACCACACCGAGCAGCCUAGGGAAAUGGGUUGCACAGAACUCGGCGAAUUUCGCAGAGCCCGAUCCAACUACUGCGUCCAAAGUGCCAUUAUUCAACGCCUUCGCACACGCCAAGCCGGACCUUUCAGAACGCCCUACAACUAGUCGGUCUAGCAAGACCAGUCCUCCAUCGUCCGUAUCGCCAGUCUCGAUGAACUUUCCGCCAUUGCCGUCAACCCCCAUCUCAAAGAAUGAUUCUGGCUUCGCUCUGUCCGCUACUCUUCGUGAAAAGCGCUCUGGCAACCUCGCUGACGACAAGGGCCGUAGAAGCUCUUCAUUCGGUCAUGGACCGGCUCACCGUCCCAACGUGCCGUUCUUGAAUGGCCAUCAAGCCAACCUUUCUAUUUCAGCCUUCUCGGUUGAAUCCAAGUCAUCGUACGGUGGCUAUGCUCCGUCCACGUACGCCCAGUCCACCAUCGCAGCUUCGACCGUAAUGCCCAACAUGCUGAUCCAACCGGUGCGAAAUACCGAGACGACGGUAUGGGUUGAGGGACACUGCUUCAACUUUACCUCCCACGACAACGUGUCCGUUUGUUCAGUCUGCGAAGAGCAUGCAGAAGGCGAUGGCAUCUACAAAUGCAGUAGUUGCAGCGGCGUCUCGCAUGGUCGCUGCCUCGGCUGUGUCUCGCUCGUAUGCCCUAGCGCGUUCAAUGCCGAGAAGGUCCGAGCUGCUUUUGUCCGCUGUCUUGCCAGUCUUCUCUACACCUAUCGAAAGCACAUGGGGCGGCCUUCGAGGGACCAGAGAAACAACCGUCAAAUGUACGCCUUCGACAUGAAUGCCUUUAUCAAGAGCUUGCCAUAUGAUCAGCAAGACUAUGCCACCAUGAUGAAGGAGACACAAGCAUUCAACGAGUUCGUCCAUGAGCGAGAGAUGCAGCCAGCUUCGGCACCAGAAAUCCGGCUCUUCGACGAGAUCAUAUUGGCGAAGAAAGCUCGAGGAAAGCCGGGCCUCGCCUCUGGACUUUCACGUCUCUCUACUAUCAGGGCAUCCCAUGGCGUACCAAGCUCGCUUCCUUCAAAGCAGCCGAAAAUGCAGAGUUAUUUAACCGACACGAGCGAGCAUAUGUGGAGAACGGCAUCCGUACCCGUGCCGAAUUCCAAAUUCCCGGGCGAUUACCGGGCGGUCACGACACGUAUCCCAGCCAAACUCGACCCGUCAUUGAUGAAGGAGCCAAGGGCCAUCCAGGGCGUUCCGCGUCCUGAACAGCGCACAAGAGGUCUGAUGAGGAAGCAGGUCCCCAGCUUGGUGAUGCCCUCACCAGUAUCGCCCGUGUCUCCUAAUGGAUCAGGUUGA